UGAUCAACAUUGUAAUAUUUUACAAAAUGUCUCACAAUUCGAAAAGUUAAGAGCUUUGCCUAGGUUCACAUGGCUAAAUAAUGGCAUGGCCAAUAUUCAUAUCUGGAUUUUAGAUGCAAAAAAAAAAAAUGAUGCUGUUUCUCCAUUAUUACCAAGGAAGAAUACAGUGGCAUCAGACUCAAGGUGUUUCCAUUUCCUACUAGAAACUUUCCUGCAAAAGACAGCUUAAGAGCUGAGCAGUUGGCUUCACAAGAAUAUGGCGCGGUGGAACAGUUUCACUGACCAGCAGGAGGACAUUGAUAGCUAUUCCGAAUCUGUGAAGUUUGAUGCUCGUGCCAUGACAACCUUGCUUCCUCCAAAUCCUAAAAAUGGUCCUCCACUUCAAGAAAAACUGAAAUCCUUCAAAGCUGCACUGAUUGCCCUGUAUCUCCUGGUGUUUGCGGUUCUCAUCCCCGUCAUCGCCAUACUGGCAGCUCAACUCCUGAGAUGGGAAAUGAAGAAUUGCACAGUUGGUUCAAUUAAUGCAGAUGGUAUCUCUUCUACUCUCAUGGGAAAAGGAAAUGACAGUGAAGAUGAAAUGAAGUUUCAACAAAUUGUUAUGGAACACAUUAACAACAUGGAGAAAAGAAUUCAAUAUAUCUCAGAUACUGAAGAAAAUCUCAUAGAUUUAGAGCAUUUUCAAAAUUUCAGUGCGACAACUGAUCAAAGGCUUAAUGAUGUUCUUUUCCAACUAAGUACCUUGGUUUCCUCAGUCCAGGGACAUGGGAAGGCGAUAGAUGAAAUCUCUAGUUCCUUAAUAAAUCUGAAUAUGACACUGCUUAAUUUGCACCUCUACACAGAAACACUGAAUGGCAAAAUCCAAGAGAUUGCACAUGAAGAACAAGAGGAAAUCAGCAAAUUAAAGGAGCGUGUGCACAAUGCAUCAGCAGAAAUUAUGUCUGUGAAACAAGAACAAGCUCGUUUGGAACAGGAAAUAAAAGGAGAAGUGAAAGUACUAAAUAACAUCACUAAUGAUCUCAGACUGAAGGAUUGGGAACAUUCACAGACAUUGAGAAAUAUCACUUUAAUUCAAGGCCCUCCUGGACCCCCAGGUGAGAAAGGAGACAGAGGCCCCAUUGGACAGAGUGGCCCACCAGGCGUUCCAGGUCCAGUAGGUCCCCCAGGCCUGAAAGGUGAUCGAGGAGCGGUUGGCUUUCCUGGAAGUCGUGGGUAUCCAGGACAGUCAGGGAAGACUGGGAGGACAGGAAAUCCUGGACAAAAAGGCCAGAAGGGGGAAAAGGGCAGUGGAAGCGUCCAAAGACCAAGUUCAACAGGCUGAUCGAAUUAGGGCAGGACCCUUUUAAGAUCAGAUGGCUUGGGCAGGACACCUGCUGCAUCUCAUUAAAAGACCUAUCAACUCUGGACAAGUCAUCAGCACAACUGAAUUCCAAGAUAUUCCUUGUGACUCCAAACAACCUUGAUGCCUGUGUCCAGCCUGCUUCCACACGACCUCCUCUCCUGGUCCUUGGUGCUGCUUGGACCUCUGCUGCCAUGUUCACACCACUUCACGCUCUAGGUCCCCACCCUGGUUACUCUAUUCUAGCUGGGAUGAGUCCCAUGCACUGACAGGUAGGCCCUCCAACCAGCCCUGUGAUAUGUUGCUGAUACUGGGGGCUCUCCAUACCCACUCACCUAGAUUUUUCCUGAACCUAAAAUUUAAUAGAUUGGGUUCUAUGAGAAACCUCUUAUAUGCUGAUUAUAUGUGGUCUCUUUACGUUUGAUACAUUAUUCUCAAGCAGGUAUAAGGAAGACAUAAAAUAAAAUGCAUCUAUGAAAUCAUUCAUGCACUCAUUAUUUUAGUAUAUGUCCUUUACUUGUGGAGCUGAGCAUAACAGCUGGGAAGGUAGAUAUGUCUUCUGGACUUAGAGCCAGUUGUCUCUGGGAGACAUGGCCAAAUCAACAGGAAACUAUGACAUGUCCAGGUUAAUACUGGGCAUAGACCAGGCAUGUAAUGGUUUUAAAAAAGUUAAUGACUUUUUGUUCCUUAUAAUGUUUUUCAAACAUUUGAUUUUUGACUAUUUACCUUCCUGUCUUGACAGUCCCCAAAUUACAGCGCAUUCUUUCCCCAAGUUUUAAAGUGAAGUAAAGUGGCUCUUGGAUAAUGUACUCAACAUAAAACUUUCCUUUUAUUUUCUGCCACUUUCCCCCAAAAUAAUUUGAUCAAGAAAAAGCAGUGCUGACAAUUUUUUUUUCCUAAACACCAUUCCAUAUUUUAUGGUUUAAGUGACCAGCAUAGAUCCUGGAGGAAAAGGAAUAUUUCUAGGGAGCUGGAAAUACUCUGUGUAGGUUUAAAAAAGUGAAGAAAAUGAGGCUGGAAAAAAGUCAGGAAAAGUUAGACAAAAAUGGCAUAAGAAAAAUGUAAGAUGCCAUGUCAUUUUUCAGUGUCUGUGGGUUGAUUCGCAGAAGCCAUUUUGACAAGUGCCCUUUCCAUCACAUCACUGCCGGGUCACACCAUUCAGAUUCUAGCAGAGUUCUGAGCAGUGUACCCAUGCCCAGCUCACCAUUUCCAUUCCCUGCCUUGCAUUAAAAAAGCAGGGAGGGGGCGAGGAUGUUGUAACACCUACCUCACAGGGUUGUUGUGGGGAUCAAAUAAGAUGUGUGUGAGAAGAGACUCUGUAAAAUCAUAAAAUGCUUUAA